UAUAACUUUUUUCUUUUUCUCCAAAUGUCAUGCUUUUGGAGUAUGAGUUAUUUUUCCCCCUGAAGGGAUGGAGCGCGCACUUAUAACACUUCAUACAGAGCAUUCCUAAACAGAAAGCAGUCAAGAAGGCUGUGUGAGUUGUUGGCAGCUGCGAUGUGGGGCAGCUGCAACAGUCGCGAUCUAAAACCGCUGGACAGGAGUCGAGAGCAAGUUACACAUAUCCAAAUAUGCGCGUAGAGUGCACUGGCGAGGUGUCCCUUGCACCCCUUCCGAGAAAACGUUGUCGUGAUGUUCAAUACUUCGGGAAUUGAGCUCACUUUUACCAAGAAAGAGGAUAUUUCCGAAGUUAUCAAUGGCACUCUGCAGCUCAUGUACAACGUCCUGGUCACCGUCAGUCCCACAACCAUGUGGAACGAGUCAUGCGGGGAGCAGCUGCAGGAUUUCGGGCGCCCGGAGAAGAUCAUUAUUGGGGUGAUGUUGGCGAUCAUCACGGCCGUCACCGUCAUGGGGAACACGCUGGUGGUGAUCGCGGUGUGCGUGGUGAAGAAACUAAGGCAACCUUCAAACUACCUUCUGGUCUCUCUCGCAGUGGCGGACCUGUCAGUGGCCAUAGUUGUGAUGCCGUUUGUAAUAGUGACUGACCUCACCGGGGGCAAGUGGCUUUUUGGAGAGGUGUUCUGCAACAUCUUCAUCGGCAUGGAUGUAAUGUGCUGCACUGCCUCCAUCAUGACCCUGUGCGUGAUCAGCGUCGAUAGAUAUCUGGGGAUCACACGGCCCCUCACCUACCCUGCCCGGCAGAACGGUCAGCUGAUGGCGAAGAUGAUCCUGGGAGUGUGGCUGGUGUCAGCGUCCAUUACCCUGCCGCCUUUCUGCGGCUGGGCCCAAAACGUACACACAGCCGGCGUGUGCCUCAUUAGCCAAGACUUUGGCUACACCAUCUAUUCCACAGCUGUAGCCUUCUACAUCCCUAUGCUGGUCAUGCUGGUCAUGUACUACAAGAUCUUCAGGGCAGCUCGCAAGAGUGGCGCCAAGCACCGCUUUAAUGACCUUCCGCGUCGCGAGCGCAUCGAAACAGUGACUAAUGAGGCGCUGCGAAUGCAGGGCCUGAAGCCGCCCGGUGUGGUGGAGGAGUGUGCGUCCUUAUCGCGCCUGCUAAACCGUGAGCGCCGAAACAUCUCCAUCUUCAAGCGGGAGCAGAAAGCAGCGACAACACUGGGGGUGAUCGUGGGGGUCUUCACUGUGUGCUGGCUGCCGUUCUUCAUCCUGUCCACUGCCAGGCCCUUUAUCUGUGGAGUGGAGUGUAGCUGUGUGCCCAUCUGGCUGGAGCGCACGCUGCUCUGGUUAGGCUAUGCCAACUCCCUAAUGAACCCCUUCAUCUACGCCUUCUUCAACCGAGACCUGCGCUCCACUUAUCGUGACCUUCUCCGCUGUCGUUACCGCAACAUCAACCGCCGACUGUCUGCUGUGGGCGUGCAUGAGGCUCUCAAGGUUUAAAGCAGGUUAAUUCAGGAGCAUAUAUUGACCCUCAAAGAGUAGGGCAUGUGCCUGUGCUUGCACACUUGGUGCUUAAAGGGCAACUUGAACACAGCAGGCCUGUAGAUAAGACAACGACUGACAGAAUGGGAGUCACUGUUGGCGGCUCUCUGGCCGCCCGGCAAAAGCAGAGAGACGACACGAUCACUUCAUUGCGUGUGUGACUCAGUCAUUCUAUUUUGGGAAAGAAAAUCCUAGAACGUACUUGAUGAGCUAUUUAAGUCGACACUGCUUUUGUGCAUAUGCCACAAUUCCGUCCUGGCUUUGGAUUUAUGGAAGGAUAAUGUAGUGACAAAGGAAAUGACAUGUCACAAACACACAAUCAAUCAUCUUAAAGCUUUCAGAGGGUUAAUAAAGCAAACAGAUUUCUGUAUGAUAACAAAAUUGAUGUUUGAUAAGGCAAAACAUUUGUUUUGUUGCACACUGUCUUCUAAACAUCUUCAUCUAAACAUGCAUUUGAGCACAUCCCAGAUUAAUUUCAAACAGAGAGUCAGAGACACUUGGUGUAUUGUGCUUUGUGCUAGGACGAAAUAUUAUUUAAAUCACUUUUUCUCCAGUCACACUUUUCAAUUUUGUCCUCUCACAAAAUUUAACAAGAGCACCUUAAAUGUUUCACAAAUGUUUACAAUGUGGCGAUGCCAAGGGAAUGGAAGUGGGUGGAAAAUGGUGUUAAAAUGCGACAUGAAGGGAAAAUCUUUUCAUUCAUGAAAUCUCAGUGUUUGUUGCUCUAAAAAUGAACUGAAAGUAGUUUGUUUAGUGUCUGCAUGAAACACAUUUGUCUUACAUGCCACUGUAUACAUGAAUACACUGGUUACAGAAUUCAGAUUCUGAAAGUGUAUAACAGUUUGGCAGAAGUGUUUUCAUGUUUCAGCCAACACUUUAUCGCACACUUCAAUUCCAAGUAAACUGUAUGUGUAUGUGUUAGAAACCAUGAUACUGUGGAUGUUUUUCACUCUUGUUAUUUUUGCCUCAAAUCAAUUCCACAUUUGGCUGCUGACAUUAUUGGUUGUAUACAGGUAACUAAACCUGUUGAACUCUGCAGUUUCACUUUAAGAAUUGACGUGAUGUUCUUGAGACUCUUCUGCCCCACAGGAUGCCAACAGCGUUUCUAUUUAAAUUUUGAAUCAGGAUGUGGAUACUUCCCUCCUGACACGUCUCUCAGUGUCAAAUGUCAUCAGUCGAGUAGUGUGUGCGUUUUCUACCUCCAUUUUUGAGAUUUCUGUACAUUUCCUCCAAACAGAUGUACCGCUGUCUUGCAUCAUUUUAUAUUUAACUGCUGUUUUAUAUUGUGUAAGAUCAAUCUAUCUACAACUGCUCUGUGAUUGCUCUGUUUGACAACUUUGUCAUUACCUUCAGAAACGAGCUGGGAAGGUGGCAAAGCAUUUCAUCACUUUGUAAAUAAAGAAACACUUGGUUAAAAUGUCA